UCCCAGAUGGAGGAGCUGGAGGAGAGGCUGAAUGAUGCCCUGCACCAGAAACAGAUCCUGGUCCUGAGACUGGACAGCCAGCUGCAACUCACCCAGGAUGAGAGCAGGAAGCAGCAGGCUCUGAGGAAGCAGGAAACGGACGGGAUCCUACUGAGACAGAAGCAGCUUGGAGGAGACCAACAGACAGCUGUGUGUGUCUAUGAGGUGGUGAGUCCUCUCAAAGCCCAGCUCUCUGAGCUCCAUGUCAAGAGGACCAGCCUGACAGACGACCUGGACACACACAGGACUCAGAUCAAAGCCCUUAUGGAGGUACACAGAGGACAGAUCAAAGCCUUCAUGGUUGUACACAGAGGACAGAUUAAAGCCUUCAUGGAGGUACACAGAGGACAGAUCAAAGCCUUCAUGGAGGUACACAGAGGACAGAUCAAAGCCUUCAUGAAGGUACACAGAGGACAGAUCAAAGCCUUCAUGGUUGUACACAGAGGACAGAUUAAAGCCUUCAUGGAGGUACACAGAGGACAGAUUAAAGCCUUCAUGGAGGUACACAGAGGACAGAUUAAAGCCUUCAUGGAGGUACACAGAGGACAGAUUAAAGCCUUCAUGGUUGUACACAGAGGACAGAUCAAAGCCUUCAUGGUUGUACACAGAGGACAGAUUAAAGCCUUCAUGGAGGUACACAGAGGACAGAUUACAGCCUUCAUGGUUGUACAAAGAGGACAGAUUAAAGCUUUAAUGAAGGUACACAGAGGACAGAUUAAAGCCUUCAUGGUUGUACACAGAGGACAGAUCAAAGCCUUCAUGGUUGUACACAGAGGACAGAUUAAAGCCUUCAUGGUUGUACACAGAGGACAGAUCAAAGCCUUCAUGAAGGUACACAGAGGACAGAUUAAAGCCUUCAUGGAGGCACUGUACUGGACCUGUGAGGUGAGAGAGUUGAGGAGGAGACUGGAGCUGUUGGAGAACGACCACAACGUCCAGACCAGGGAGAGGAAUGAACUGAGUGAAGAGGUGUCUACUCUGCAGCAGUCAGUGAGCCUCCUCCAGAAGGAUAAGGAGUAUCUUCACAGACAGAGCAUGGAGCUGAAUGUCCGCUGUGCCCACCAGGAGGACCGCUUAGAGAGGCUGCACACCCAGCUGGACGACACUCAGAGGGCCAGGGAGGAGGUCUACGACAAAUACGUAGCUUCCAGAGACCACUACAAGACAGAGUACGAGAAUAAACUUGCUGAGGAGCUGGAGAACAUUCGUCUGAAGACCAGCCAGGAGAUCGACAGCCUGCAGAGGACCUCCAAGGAGAUGUACGAGAGAGAGAACAGGAACCUUCGUGAGACGCGUGACAACGCAGUGCUGGAGAAGGACAGAGCGAUGACAGCAGAGAGAGAGACACAGGCCAGAUACGACCAGCUACUAGAACA